AUGGCCUCCUCACUCCGACCACUAUCAAGCUUAAAAAGCUCUGCCUUCCCUAUAGCACGACUUGCCGCCGCUCAGGCCCCAUUUCAAUGGCAUCGCACAUUCCAAGCUGAUCACAAGCCCCCCACCACACCCAAUGGCGUCCCCGACUACGCCUUCGCAUUCGACAUCGACGGCGUCCUCGUCCGCUCCUCAGCACCCCUCCCCGGCGCCUCCCAAGCUCUGAAAUACCUCCAAACCGAGCGAAUCCCCUUCAUCCUCCUCACCAAUGGCGGCGGCAAGAGCGAGGAAGAUCGCGUGGCGGAUCUGCAGAAUAAGCUGGAUGUUGAGCUGGAUACGAGUAUGAUUGUACAAUCGCAUACGCCGUUUGCGGAUAUGAGAGAGCUUUAUGAUGAGACGGUGUUGGUAGCGGGUGGGGAUUACGAUAAGUGCCAGCAGGUUGCGCGGAAGUAUGGGUUCAAGCAUGUGGUGACGCCGGCGGAUAUUGUGGUUGCGUAUCCGGAUAUUUGGCCUUUUGCGAAGGUUUUUAUGGAUUACUACAAGAGCUUUGCCAAACCGCUGCCAAAACCUAUACUCCCGCACUCGACAUCCGGCGAAGCGCUCAAAAUCGACGCCGUCUUCGUAUACAACGACCCGAGAGACUGGGGCCUCGACUCCGCCGUCAUCCUCGACACGCUCCUUUCCAGUCAGGGCUACAUCGGAACUCUCUCAGACAAGAAUGGCGACACCUCCCUACCCAAUAACGGCUACCUCCAAGACUCCCAACCACACCUCUACUACUCCAACCCGGACAUGUGGUGGGCCACCUCCUACCACCUCUCCCGCCUAGGCCAAGGCGGCUUCGAAGCAGCCUUCUCUGGCCUCUGGCACUCCGUCACGAACGGCUCCACUCUCGCCAAAACCAUCAUCGGCAAACCACAUCGACCUACCUACGCCUUCGCAGAAGGCCGUCUCCGCGCUCAUCGGAAAGCGCUCUUUGGACAAACGGGCUUGAGGGAUCCGUUGAGGAAUGUGUACAUGGUGGGAGAUAACCCGGAGAGUGAUAUUCGCGGGGCGAAUGAGUACAAGAGCGAGUAUGGCAGUAAGUGGACGAGUAUAUUGGUGAAGACGGGGGUGUGGAAGGAGGGGGUCGAGCCGAAGUAUAGGCCCGGGGUGGUGAGGGAGAAUGUGCUCGAUGCGGUGAGGUGGGCGGUGGAGGAUGCGAGGGGGAGGGAGGAUUUGAGUACGAGGCAUAGGGCAUAG